AAAACAGGAAUGUGUCCCAAGUUGAGCUCAGUAUAUAAACAUAAUGAAUUACCCAUCAGUGUUUGGAGUUAAUCCCUCUCUCUUUCUACUUCUUUCUUUUUUUUUUUCUUCACUUUUCCCUUGUUUUUUGUUUUUAUUUACCACGAUGAUUUCCGUUAUUAUUCUGUUGUAAAUGCUCCAUCGUGAGCUCGACGGAAAAAAUCACGAUAAUAGAACUCGUUUUGGUUUUUCGAAAAUGACAAACACUUCUACGACGACGGCUGCUGCUGCGGUUGAGCAGUGCGACAACAACGCCUUGGUUAAAUUCUUAUUGAAUCACGCUGGAGCCUUGAAUCUUAAACCACUCUUGCAACUGGAAUACCAGCACAAAAAGCAGCAAGAGCAACAACGUUUCUAUGUCAAUACCCUUGUUGAGGUGACCGUGCAAGCUAUCACUUCUAUAUGGCCAAACUCUGCAAGUAAUCCGUCUUCCAAACCUAUUGCCAAUUUGAACGUUUUCUUGCAUCAUAUCCUAAAGCAUUCCCGUACCACCCACUCCACGCUUCAGUUGGCGAUUUUUUACCUAUUCCGUAUUCGCCCCCGUAUUCAGGAACAUUCGACGGAUGAUGUGUAUGUUUCCUGCGGUCGACGUAUGUUCUUGGCUGCCCUUAUUUGUGCCCACAAGUUUUUGCAAGACAAGACUUACAAGAACUCGGCCUGGUCCAAAGUCAGCGGUCUGAAUGUCGCGGAAAUCAACCAUGCUGAAAAAGUCAUGUUGCAAUUGCUCAAUUACCAGCUGUUUGUACGAAAAGAAACUUAUGAUCAGUGGAUUAAUAUCCUUCAGUGCCAUCUGAAAUUACCGUCUCAGAAGCACGCCACUAAUCUUUACGAACAACAAAUACCCGUUUCUCCUCUGCGAAAUUCCACGGUUUCCCAAGCCCCCGAACCUCGUCCGACUUCGGUCUUCAGAACUCUGGCACCUUUUGGUAUGCUGUCGCCACCAGAAGAAGGACGUAAACGUCGCAACUCCCUUGAAGAAGAACAAGAACCUCUUCAUCCGUCUAAACACCGUCGUCUGUGAUAACCCCCUUUCCUCAAUAAUUCCAAAGAAAAAGUUUUCAUGAUCCCCUCAUCAUUCUAUUCUCCUCCCUCCUUGACCGUUUGUGUAUAUUGCUCUUCCCUUUUUGUCGCUCACUUCGCUCACCCGCACUCUCUUUAUUCUUGCACUUUUUUUUUAUUCUUUGUAUUUGUAGUCGUUUUUUAUUUUCUUUUUUUCUUAUAUAAAUAAAUAUUUCAAAACUGUUACAAGAACCGCUGGUUUGCAUGAAAUCAA